AUGUUUGUGUCCGUUAGGCAGCACUUGGUUGGAACAGCCAUACAAUUUCAGAAGAUAGGCACCGGAUACCUUUUGCCACUUUCCCCGCCGUAUACACAACCGCCACCAACAGAAUUACUUGUGCCGGUGGGAGUGUAUGAAUUAGGAUUGCUUGUACCUGACAGACCGCAUGUGACACUUCCAUGGUGUGACUGUACGCCAACUAUACCAGUUUUGCCACCAGAAGCUGUGGAAUAUGAACUAUAUCCCGCCGAACUACACGAACUGCCCGAACUACCCGAAUUCCUCAUAAAAUGA